CAUAAACAAGAUCUCUCAAUCACAAGAUGCAUACACAUAAUGUUUCAUCAAAUUCAACAUAGGGAGAAUUGAUAAUGCUAUAACUAUAUAUCUACCACCAACUAUAUUUUUUGAUUAUUUGUAGCUGAUCGAACAGAAUAGAGAGAGGAUGGUGAAUCUAGUAGCAGCUCAGAAGCCACUCAUACAUGGGCUGAUGAAGAUGGCCGGCAUAGUCCCUCACACCGUCCAAAUCGACGAGGGCACCGUCAUGAACAUUUGGGUCCCUCGAGACAACCUCAAGAAGAAGCCCAAGACGAGCAUUAAACCUGUAGUAGUGCUCGUCCAUGGCUUCGCCGGUGAGGGCAUAGUCACCUGGCAAUUCCAGGUGGGAUCUCUAACAAAGAAGUACUCCGUCUACGUUCCCGACCUCCUCUUCUUCGGCGGCUCCUUCUCCGACAGCCCGGACAGGUCGCCGACGUUCCAGGCACAAUGUCUGCUGAAGGGCUUAAAGAAGCUGGGUGUAGAGAGAUGCACGGUGGUGGGGUUCAGCUACGGCGGCAUGGUGGCCUUCAAGAUGGCGGAGCUCCACCCGGAGAUGGUGGACGCCAUGGUCAUCUCCGGGUCGAUACUGGCCAUGACGGACUCCAUUAGCAACGCCACACUCGAGGAGCUCGGCUUCUCUUCCUCGUCUGAGCUUCUCCUCCCCACCUCCGUCAAGGGUUGCAAGGCACUUCUCAAAGUCGCCGCAUACAAGAAGUUAUGGUUCCCCGAUCGCCUCCAUAGAGACUUCCUCGAGGUGAUGUUUAGCAAUAGAAAGGAAAGGGCUGAGCUGCUGGAAGGCCUUGUGGUUAGCACCAAAGAGACAAGCAUCCCAUGUUUUUCUCAGAGAAUACAUCUUCUAUGGGGAGAGGAAGAUCAAAUAUUUAAGCUGGAACUUGCCCAAAAAAUGAAAGAGCAGUUGGGAGACAAAGCCACAUUUGAGGGCAUAAAGAAAGCAGGUCACUUGGUUCACUUGGAAAGGCCUUGUGUCUACAAUAGUUGUCUCAAGAAAUUUCUUGCUUCCUUGCAGUUGGAUGAAGAAGCUACCAAAUGAAGCUAUAUACUAGUAGUAUUAGUUAUAUAGGCAAUUGAAUUAUUGUCUUUUUUUUCUAGAUAAAUGUGAACUCUUGAUUUUGUUCAUUUUUUUUUCUUUCCUUUCUAGUAGGUGUGGUCUUAAAUUUGUUCUUUUGAACUGAUGGAAACUUUGGUGGAUUUUCUUGGAUACCUUAAAGUGUGUGUGAUGUAACCUUUCUAUAUAAGUUAUUGAUCUUGGUUGAAAAAAAAAAGUUAUUGAUCUUGGUACCA